AGAUCAUGGACCGAACAUCCAUGUUCACCAACAACCCCGCGGAGAUAGACACGUGGCUCAACAGCUUAGGCACAGACACCCCCACGCACACACACACACACACUUCACAACACACUCAAGUAGCGGCCGUUGCUAUGCUCGAGGACGCGCUUCUACAGGCGUAUACAGACCCCUAUGUGUACUUUGAUCGGUUGGUGGAGAUGAUGAACACGCUGGCCGAUACCAACAGCCCUACCAACACACAGACAGAAGAAAGAGACCUACAACACACACCAUCUACAACACGAACAAGUACAGGUACAAGUACAAGCAUGCAACGACCAGAGACCGCGAAAGAGGGUGUCUCAGCGGUGUGUGUUCCGGUUCUCACGCCCAUGCUGCAAGCCUACGAGCGCAUGGACAGUGGUGAUACGCCGUUUGGACCACUGCUGUUAGUAGUGCUCAAUCGCUUUGCGAAGAAGCACAACACAGAGACACCGGAAGACACAUCGGCUGUAGCGACGUUUGUGAUGAAUGCGCUGGCGGAUAUGGCGGGGUCUGGGGUGCCUUUGACGGCCCUGUCUGUGGCCAUAGAGGACAUGCUACAAGGACUAACCCCGGUCAACGAAGACGCUAUGCGUGUGCUACAGGCGGUUAAACUGAGCCUCUUCGCGCACUGUUGCUCAGUCAUGUGUGUGCCGGGCACCGCACCCCCCUUACAGCCACACGCACACACACACACCCUCUCUCCCAUGCCAUAUAGCACCAGCACAGGCACCGCAGACGACACACACGCACACACAACAACAACCACCACCACCCCACAUACGCGUGCAGGGGCAAGCAAUCCGUUGGAAGCACACACAGACGUGUGUGCAGACGUGGAGAGUGUGGCUACGCUUGUGCCGAGUUGUGUACAGGCCCUCAGAGACCUUCCCAUAGCUACAGCGUUCGCACGCGUGUUCGAUAGCGUAUACGCACCCACCCACUACCAGCCGCACACCACCACACUCAGACACACCCACGCACACACCCACGCCAUGCUAUACCACGUGCUGGAGCGUAGCACGAGGCUAGCCACGCGCAACUGUGCACGUAUGUGUGAGCGUAUUAUGUCACGUGUGAGAAUAGUGGCGGCCGUGGCCUACCCACUUAAGGGCCACACGCUUACGGCACGGGACAGGGCCGUCUACGAGCAUGGACAAUUAUACAGGAGCGUCCACCACGGGCUGGUGCAGUGGUGCCUGCUGCUGCUGCACUGUCUGUGUGCCAAGUCCAGCGAUGCGUGUCGUGUGACGCUCACACAUCCCGUUGUCAUGGCGCUGUUCUCCUCCGUGCUGCCGGGGAUUGGCGGCGAUGUGGCCACCGCAGAGGAAGGCGCGAGCAUAGCGGCGUCAGUGGGUGUGAUCAUGACAGAUCACCUCAGGCACGCACAGACACGCACACACACACAUGCACACACAUUUGACAAUCAGAUAGACCCACAGCGUGCACAGUCUGUGUCUGAGGAAGAUGAUGUGUUGCAGCCGUUGGUGGGCGAGGCGGUAGCACAGAUGCUGGAGUGGAUUGAGUGGAUGACUCAUCACCCGGCGCAGCCAUUGGCCGGCAGUGUACUGGAUGUGCUACGGCUUUUGUCAUCGCUAGUGGAGAUGUUCGGUACUUACGGGCGCGUUCCUCGUUCAGAGGUGUUGCUGUCCAAACUGCUGCAUUUGCCGCUCGAAGCCUUCUCAACGCCAAGCACCAGCACCAUACAUACCCACACACACACACAACCCUCCACACAAACCCCUACUUCCAAGCGUACCAACACCCACGCUGAUACCAAGGCAAGCAAACGGCGGCGAUUGAACCACACCCCUGCACACACCUCUAACGCAACAAGGCCUUCUGCGGCAAAUGCGGAGAGUGCACAGUGUGCGUUUCUGGUGCAGCUGCUGUCUGUACUCGCGCGAGUGACCGACAUGCCAGCACAUGGCACACAACGACUGUUGCGACUGCUGUGUACACAGCCACAGGCGAGUGCGUCGAUUGAGGCGGCGCUGAGUCAGAUGCUCAAGGAGACGGGCGACCAUGCCCAGUACCGGUUCGCCUUCGUGGCCGUUGAGGCUGAAGCGAAUUGGUUUGCGCAACUGCUGCACAGUGAACGCACAUCGGCUGAGGGUGUGCACGUGCUAACCACGUGCACACGGUUCAACUACGACUGUGUGCGACGACUGGAGACCUCGGUUCUCGCACGGGGCUCAAGCCCCUCUCUGCGCAGUGAGUUGUUCAGUCCGCUGUGGUGUCAGUAUCUCCAUCACAAGGCUUUGGCAGAAAGUGCGAUACCCGACCACGUGUUCAACACCCUCCUCACAGCGGUCACGCAGCGAUACAUGCAACGAGACCAGCCCGAUCUAAGCGAUGCCGAUGCUCAGCUCUUCAGCCGGCUGGUGGAGAACGCACUACUGGACGAAUCAAAUGCACGACAUGCUGCAAUCACUGCGAUCCUAUUGGCGCAGUUUAACCCCGACCAAUCAGAACACGCGGUGAACCAGUGGGAGCUAUUGGUGGGCUAUUUUGCGGUGCUUGUAGCUUCAAGGGGCUGUUCAGAGGCUUCUGUACUCGUGUGUGAGAGAGAAGUGCUGCGUGUGGUACUAACCUGUACGAACGCGUACAGCCACACAACAAACGAUACGACACUGGAGAUCGCAUUUCGGGCUGUGCAAUUGGCUACACAAUGUUUGGGUAGGCUGCGGUUGCAGUCUGGAACGUACGUUGCGGUUGCCAUGGCAACAGCGCGAGAAUCGCUCGUGGACUCGUUGGUUAUUAGCCAACCGGAUCUCUCAGGCGACCACGUGCGCUGUGCACACGACUUCAUUCGACACUCUCUCCCACAAAAUGCGGAUAAGACUGCGGUUAUAAAUAGCAGCCAAUCAGAUGGCGGGGUUUUGACCAGCUUCGGAGCCAUGUACACGCGCCUGCUACAGCACCCGCAGUUGCAGCACGCGCUUGCGCCUUCGUCUCUGGGUGUAGAACGGGACAACGGUCCUAAAAACAGGAGUGGAAUAGGACAUAUUCCUGAAGGCACACGCAUGGCACACACACACAAACGCACCUCAUCGCUCAGACGUAAGUCUGGUGCGGUCAGGACGGCAAUGGGCACGGCCACAUCCGAGGACGAUGCAAAGCCCACAGCGUCUGCGGCCCGUGUGCCUGUGUUGGCCCUGGCUGUGUGUCUCGCGCGUGCGUGUGCUACGACUGAUCUCAGCGCUGAGCAGCUGCGUGUCUUCCUGCCCACGUACACCGCAACACUCGCUCCCUCAGACCAACUGGUGACUCAGUUGAUUCAACACUAUGAACUACGUGGCAUCAGCUUAGGCCACAUUGCGUAUGUGUGGGGUAGUCAGUAUGAAGAUGCACGCGCCUUUGCCGACACCAUGGGCCAAAUAGG